AUGAAGAAAGUAUUAUGUUUCGUCUUCCUUACUUUCACGUUGGUCCUCAGCCAUCAAGAUGUGAAUAAGAGAGGGGGCGCAGGUUCCAAAGAAAAACUUCAAGUCACUCCACAAAAUACAAACGAAGCACUUGCUAAUCUGAUGACGGUAGGCAAGCCUAUCAUCGAUACCGAUGGGUCAGGGAUAGUUUCUCCUUAUUGCAAUAGCGGGGAUAUGGCACCUCGCUGUAAACUUGAUAAAGAUGGGGGUUACUUUUGCAAUUUCGAACACACGACCUGUUAUGCUACCGGCGCGGUAGCUACAAAUGAAGUGAAAGUGUAUUCAAAAACUCAUGAACUUAGCGUCCCAACUGGCAGCGAUCAAUGUGCUAACCGACCAGAAUUUCAAGCCAUUUUUCUUCUUUUCGCCGAAAAGGGAGAUACGUACACGUUCCUUAAUCCGAGCGUGGCUCCUUGGUUCUUUACUGCCCCGCUUGGCGGAUGCGACAUGUUCGUGGCAACUGAAACAAACCACGGCGAUAGACCCCUUGUUAUACACUCAAAUCGAAACAACAUUCUUAACGCGGUAGACAAUCUCCGGGCCAAGGAACAGUUUGUUGACCGGUUAUUGAGUAGGCUGCAAAGAACGUACAAGGUGAUUGCUCGCGUUUACUGGACGUCAGGCAAGAAGGAAGAAAAGAGAGCGAUCGAUCAACAUUUGGAUCAAUACGUUCAAAGCCAUCCGGAUGUUAAACGUUUAAUUUCUUACAACGAAGUCUCACCAUCUGGCGAACAGCUCUACCAUUUUAUUGGUCAUUAUAGAUCUGACUUAACAUCAUGGAGAUUUAUUAGCAAGGGAGAGAAAAAUGGUGAUACAGCUGAAUUUAGGGUUUCUCAACAAGCAAAAAUUGGCAAAUUCUUUAAUAUAUGA